UUUAAUGCUGCUACCUCUUCAAUUCAUCUUCAUCUUUUAUAAGUCUCUCCUCCUCCGGCCACCACCUCCGGCCCACCACCACCACCACCUUCAAUUAAUUUGUUUCCUUACAUGCAACAUUUUAUAUCAAGUACAUGUCUCAGGAGACUAAGCAUUCUUCUUCAUUUGGACUCUGGUUGCCGGCGAUGGCAUCUGCGGCGGCGGCGGUGGCUCGGAUGGUGAACGAGGCCGUGAGCCUUCUGGUAUUUAUCGUGCUGGAUUUACUAGACGCAUUGCUGUGCUUCGUGUACAAGAUGGCCGACUACGUGAUGGAGGAGUGCAAGCCCUGCUACUGCUCCUCCUCCUUCAACUCCUCCUCCGACGACGACGAUGACGUCAUCCUCGUGGCGGAGAAGGGCGGAUCGAAGCUCCUCUCGUUGACCUCCUCCGCCUCCUCCGACGACACCAAGCUCCACCUCGAGGACAUCUCCGACACCCUCUUCCUCCGCCCCUGCCUCCUCGCCGACCUCGCCCAGGCCGCACUCCACGACCUCCGCAAGCUCAAGCUCGUCUCCUCUGUUGCUUCCUCUUCCUCCUCGUCGGCUGCAUCCUCCUCUUCCGCCACCACCACCUUCACCACAAACUCCGCCAUCGUCCGUGUCCUCCGGGGGAAGGUCGGCCGCGCCCGCGGUAAGGCAGCGACUCGGGGCGCUUCUUCCCGGAGCUGGACAGACUGCGCCUGCGAGAGUUGCAACCAUUGGAGCUCCCCUUCCGGCGAGCGCGACGCCCUCUUCGUCCACGUCGAAGGUCCUAAAGGGGAGAAGGUGGCGGAGGAGGAUGUUGUGUUCAUCCACGGGUUCUUGUCAUCGUCGGCGUUCUGGACGGAGACGGUGUUCCCGAACGUGUCGGAGGCAGCGAAGUCGAGGUACAGACUGCUGGCGGUGGACCUGUUGGGCUUCGGCCGGAGCCCCAAGCCGCCGGAGUCGCUCUACACCCUGCGGGAGCACGUGGAGAUGAUCGAGCGGUCGGUGCUCCGGCGGUUCCAAGUCAAGAGCUUCCACAUCGUGGCGCACUCGCUGGGAUCCAUCCUCGCGCUGGCGCUCGCCGUCAAGUACCCCGGCGCCGUCAAGUCGCUCACUCUCCUUGCUCCGCCAUAUUUUCCGGUGCCGAAGGGGGAGCACGGGACACAUUACGUGCUCCGGCGGGUGGCGCCGAGGAGGGUGUGGCCGUUGAUGGCGUUCGGGGCGUCGGUGCUGUGCUGGUACGAGCACAUCAGCCGGGUGGCGAGCCUCGUGCUCUGCAAGAACCACCGCCGCUGGGAAAGCGCCUUCAAGUUCGUCACGCGGAACAGGAUUAGAACAUAUUUGAUGGAUGGGUUUUUCUGCCACACGCACAACGCCUCGUGGCACACCUUCCACAACAUCAUCUGCGGCGCCGGCGCCGGCAAGGUGGAGGCGUACCUGGAGGCGGUGGCGGAGCGGCUGAGCUGCGACGUGGUGGUCUUCCACGGGCGCGACGACGAGCUUCUCCCCGUCGACUGCAGCUACGCCGUCAAGUCGAAGGUCCCCCGCACCCGCGUCGUCGUCGUCGACCGCAAGGACCACCUCACCAUCGUCGUCGGCCGGCAGAAGGCCUUCGCCGGCGAGCUCGUGGACAUCUGGGAAAACGCCAAUAAAUGCUGUAAAGAAACCGAAAAAAUCUGAUUAAUUAAAUCAACCAAUCAAUCAAUCAAUCCUCCAAUGUCAUAUUUGAUCGAUCGCGGAUUAAUUAAUCCUUCUCUUCGAGCAUCAAUUUGAUUGUCAAUUUGCUGUUUUCGUUUUUGUUUUAGUAAGUUAUUCAAUGCGA